AUGGAGUUUGAGAUGUCUGAUCUGGGCUUAAUGACCUAUUUUUUAGGUAUGGAGAUUGAGCAAUCACAUUCUGUAAUUUUCAUUUCACAAAGAAAAUAUAUAUUUGAUGUCCUUAAAAGGUUCAAUCUAAAUCAAUGCAAAGCUAUAGCAACUCCUUUUGAUCCAAAUAUGAAGCUUAGUAAAGAGGAUGAUGAUUCCAUAAUAGACACUACAAUUUAUAGAAGUCUAGUUGGGAGUUUGUUAUUCUUAACUUCAACAAGACCUGAUAUUAUGUUCUCAGCAAGUUUCUUGUCUAGGUUCAUGAACUCUCCAAGUAAUUCUCAUUUUAUGGCUGCUAAGAGAGUUCUGAAAUAUUUGAAAGGCACCUCUAAUUAUGGCCUGUUGUAUUCGAAUAAUGAAAAUGCAAAACUUGAAGGAUAUGUUGACAGUGAUUGGGCUAGUAGUGUUGAAGAUAUGAAGAGCACUUCAAGUUAUCUAUUUUCUCUUGGAUUAGGUUAUUUUUCUUGGAUUUCUAAAAAGCAAGAAGUUGUUACUCAGUAUACCGCGGAGGCAGAGUAUAUAGCAGCUGCUGCAGCCUCAAAUCAAGCUAUUUGGCUUCGUAGGUUACUUGCUGAUUUUAAAAAUGAUCAAUCUGAAGCUACUUUGCUAUGGUGUGACAACAAGUUAACUAUUGCCAUUGCUAACAAUCCAGUGCAACAUAGUAGGACCAAACACAUCUUAGUCAAAUAUCAUGCAAUCAGAGAAGCUAAAAGAAAUUAA